AUGCAGAACGCCCCAAGAAAACAGUUCGACGGCAAGAAGAAGUUCAAGAAGGCCAAGGUCGAGAAAAAUAAGAGCAGUGGGCAUGACGAAGUCCUUCUUUGUGAUAUCAACAAGCUCCUCAAAAGCAAUGAAACUGAACAGGAGAAUGAAACCAACGGCGACAGCACGCCUUUCACACCUCCCGAGAAAUUCACCGAGAUUGACGUGAAGAUCCUUGAACUUUCUUCUACUGGAGAUGGCCUCGCGCUUUCCGAGAAUGGGAAAUAUGUCUAUGUGGUCCCUUUCACAGUCCCUGGAGACACCGUACGAGUCAAGGUCGUCAGACACUUUGAGUCCUUGUCGUACAGCUUGACCGAUUUUGUCAAAGUGGUUGAACCGGGUCCUCAGAGAAACGAUUCCUUGAUCAACUGUAAAUACUUUGGAGAAUGCUCGGGAUGUCAGCUGCAGAUGAUGUCCUAUGAUGACCAGCUUGCCCACAAGCGUCGCAUCGUGGAGAAAGCCUAUGCCAAUUUCUCUGGGUUGAUCCCGGAGCUUGUUCCCACCAUCGGCGAAACAUUUGCAUCGCCCAUGCAGUUUGGAUACCGUACCAAGCUCACACCUCAUUUCGCACAGGGUGCCGCCGGCACAAGCAAGGACCAGGAAGCACGCAUUCCCCCAAUUGGAUUCACAUACAAGAACAGACGACUGGAUAUGGAUAUCGAAGAUUGCCCUCUGGGUACGGAUAUUGUACGCCGUGGACUGACCAGCGAGCGGAAGCGAGUCGCAGAGAACAUUCGUUCCUACAAGAGAGGUGCUACGCUCCUGAUGCGCGAAUCGACCGCACGAAUUCCCAAAGUAGCCCCGUCUACCACCGAUUCAGAGACCCCCAACGUUGAAGGCAUCCCCGCCUCUGUGAACGCAGACACCGGUGAUGUGAUUCGCAUCGAGCACGAGAACUACAUUGAAGAAAAGCGUUGCAUCACAGACAACAACGCCACUUCCUUCGAGUAUGUCGACGACUACGUCUUCAGCAACAAAGCAGGCGCCUUCUUUCAAAAUAACAACUCAAUCCUCUCCGGCUUCACAGAGUACAUUCGCUCACAAGCCAUCCCCCAAGGCAACGACCAAGACGCCAAGCCAAUCAAGUACCUCCUCGACGCCUAUUCCGGCUCCGGCCUGUUCACCAUCACCCUCUCCCCGCUAUUCAAAUCCAGUCUCGGCGUCGACAUCGGCGGCGAUUCUAUCGUUUCCGCACGCGAAAACGCCCGCGCAAACAAGCUCCCCAACACCGGUUUCGCUGCUGCCGACGCCGCAACCCUCUUCAAAGACGUCCCCUACCCGGCAGACCAAACUUUGCUCGUCAUCGACCCACCUCGCAAGGGAUGCUCGGAUGAUUUCCUGCGCCAGAUGCUUGAUUUCAAGCCCCGCCGUGUUGUGUAUGUCAGCUGCAAUGUGCAUACCCAGGCUCGUGACGUUGCGGUUAUGGUUCAGGGCGACGAGAAGCAGAAUGUUCGCUAUGAGAUCGAGAGCAUUCGUGGCUUUGACUUCUUCCCUCAGACUGGGCACGUGGAGGGUGUGGCUAUCCUCAACCGCACUUCUUUCCCUCAGAAUGAGACUGCCUAA